UGGGGGGGGUGGAGGAGUUGGGAAGUGACCGCUGCAGCCAUGGACUUCGCCGCCGCCACCACCGUCCGGCCGGCCAGACCCGAGGAUUGCGCGGAAGUGGGGCGCAUGAUCCGGGAAUUGGCAGCAUUUGAAAAGCUCUCCCUGCAAGUGGCCAUCACGGAUGAAGGGCUGCGGGAAGAUGGCUUUGGCCAGGACCCCUUCUACAAGUGUGUGGUGGCUGAGCUGCCCCCUGAAUGCCGGAGCAAAGAGGGCCAUACCGUCGUCGGUUACGGCCUCUAUUAUUUUACCUACAGCACCUGGAAAGGCAGGAACGUCUACACCGAAGACCUGUACGUCAUGCCAGAAUUUCGGGGUGCGUUGCUCGCUUGGGGGAAAGGAGUCGGGCAGAAGCUGUUGAGGGAGAUUGCGAAGAUUGCCUUGGAGAAAGGCUGCACCCAAAUGAGGCUGGGGGUGCUGGACUGGAACCGCCCAGCCAUCGAUUUCUACCUCCGGCGAGGGGCGGUUGAUCUGACGGCUGCCGAGGGGUGGCAUUCCUUCCGGUUUGAAGCCGAGGCCCUGAAGCAGCUGGCGUUGGGCGAAGCUGGCCCAGGAGCCGGGCUGGGGUCCUCGAGGCCGUAGGGUGGCGGGUGCCGAACUCUGCAGGACGUGGUCUUGUUCCAGCCCCUAAGGAUCCUCCCAGGCUGACUCGGGAUAAUAUACAAGCAAUAAACUGGCCAUUAAAGUCUACAUUUCGAAUAA